UACGUGGUCUCCGAGUACAUGGCGGCUCUCAUUGACCUACGUUUAGCUGCUUCUGCCUCCGAUUGCCUGAGAGUACAAGUGACAUUUGUAAGGUCUUUACACGGUUGUCUGUUUACCUGUCAACUCUAUAGGCUGCUGAUGGCUUAUACCUUGGCUGUCAUCCUCCUGUAGGCUGCUGGUAAUGCAGAAGUAUAGCUGGGAGAAGGACACCCGGCUCACCCCAUGUACAGCAGCCCGCAGCCCGCUAUUACCUGCUGCUCCACCGGGACACAGACAGACAGCAUGCAGGGUCAAGCCCCACGGUUUUCUAAAGUCCAUUUAUUCACACUACUAAGCCUAUGGAUGGAGGUUUUUCCCUCCUCCAAAGAUACUCAGGACAAAAAGCAGAUAAAGAAGACGGGGCUUGUAGUUGUAAGAAACAUGAAGAUCAUCGGACUCCAUUGCUCCAGCAGUGAGCUUCAUGCCGGUCAGAUUGCAGUGAUAAAGCAUGGCUCGUGUCUCAAGGAUUGUGAUCUCUAUUUCUCCAGAAAACCUUGCUCUACAUGCCUGAAAAUGAUUGUUAACGCUGGUGUGAACCGUAUCUCAUACUGGCCUUCAGAUCCUGAGAUGAGUCUACAGCAAGAAAACUCUUCCCAAACUAGCAUUGAGGAUGCAAGGCUGGAUGCCAAGGCAGUAGAGAGGUUGAAAUCGAACAGUCGUGCCCAUGUUUGUGUGCUCUUGCAGCCAUUGGCAUGCUACAUGGUGCAGUUUGUAGAAGAGACAUCAUUGAAAUGUGACUUUGUACAGAAGAUUACCAAGAUAAAGCCUGAUUUUACGAGAAGCACUUUUUAUGAGUAUCGCCAGGAACGGGUUAAGGAGUAUGAAGCUCUUUUUUUAAUCUCCAGCAAAGACACGCACAAAGAGAUUCUGAGAUUGAUGGGACUGGAGAAUCUGUGUGAGGACCCAUAUUUCGGUUGCCUGAGGCAGAACAUGAAGGAUCAUGUCCUUAUUCUUGCUACUGUUGCAGCCAGUAUUCCUAGCUACUCUCAUUUUGGUUUCUACCUCAGUGAGACAAGUGAUGAGAACCAAAAGGGACUUACCCAAGAAAUUGCCCGGCACUGUAUAAUACAAGCACGACUGCUGGCGUAUCGAACUGAAGAUCACAAAAUCGGAGUUGGUGCCGUUAUUUGGUCAGAGAAGAAAUCUAGCGCAUUAGAUUGUGAUGGCACAGGGGCCAUGUACUUCGUUGGCUGUGGAUAUAAUGCUUUUCCGGUGGGUUCAGAGUAUGCUGAUUUUCCACAUAUGGAUGACAACCACAAAGAUAGAGAAAUAAGGAAAUUUCGAUACAUUAUUCAUGCAGAACAGAACGCAAUAACUUUCAGGUGCCAGGAAAUUAAUCCUGAUGAACAAAGUAUGAUCUUUGUGACCAAAUGCCCAUGUGAUGAGUGUGUGCCCCUUAUUAAAGGUGCUGGCAUCAAGCAGAUCUAUACUGGAGACAUGGACAGUGGUAAAAAGAAGGCCGAUAUAUCCUACAUGAAAUUCUCUGAGCUCAGGGGAGUUGAAAAAUAUGUUUGGCAACAAAAUCCUCACUGGACAAGUCCUAAAAACGCAACGGUUUCCACGGCUGCAGAAAAUGGGGAUUUGGAGAACAAGGAACAUGGUGAUUUUGGCUCCCAGAACAAGAGGAUGUGCUAUGGAGAGAGCUUGUGAACCUGACCUCUUAUUACUUGCACUUUUAAGUUUUAUUUUAGAAGAGAUGUUAUUUAUUUGCAGAAACAAUUCUAUUUUAAGAUGGAAAACAAAUAUAUAUUUAUUUUUUUGCUAACCAAGUCAAAGUGCUCUGUGCAUGGCUGCUCAUCGAUAGACAGUAUAGGAGGACUCGGAUGUGACUGUCCAGAAAUAAGACAUGGCAGCAGUGCGCAAGUCAGUUAAAUGUAUAGUAUUUUUAAUUGCAGUCAGAUUCCUUUUUAAUUUGGCUUCACAUCACACAUACAUGUACACUCAUUGACAAAAAAAAAAAAAAAAAAAAAUUUUAACAAGGAGUUGUUGAAAUCUAAUGAAAAUGUAUAUGUAUGAAUGUAAUGAUGGUAUAUGUAAGUUAUUACAAUAUUACAACUAAAAGGAUAAGUUUACAGUGAUCCCUCAACUUACAAUGGCCUCAACAUACAAUAGUUUCAACAUACAAUGGUCUUUUCAGGACCAUUGUAACCUGAAACCAGACUCAACAUACAAUGUACAGACAGUCCAGAUCUGUGAAACGUGUCAAUGGCUGGAAGAUCUGACCAAUCAGAAUGGGCAAUUUACUGGUAAAACACCUGUAUUACUGAAGUGUAUGCCCUGACUGGUGUCUGGUAGUGCCCCCUACAGUACAGGGAGGUAUUACAUGUUCUGUACUACUCUUUACCUGUAUUACUGAAGUGUAUGCACUGACUGGUGUCUGGUAGCGCCCCCUACAGUACAGGGAGGUAUUACAUGUUCUGUACUCUUUACCUGUAUUACUGAAGUGUAUGCACUGACUGGUGUCUGGUAGCGCCCCCUACAGUACAGGGGGGGUAUUACAUGUUCUGUACUACUCUUUACCUGUUUUACUGAAGUGUAUGCACUGACUGGUGUCUGGUAGCGCCCCCUACAGUACAGUGAGGUAUUACAUGUUCUGUACUCUUUACCUGUAUUACUGAAGUGUAUGCACUGACUGGUGUCUGGUAGCGCCCCCUACAGUACAGGGAGGUAUACAUGUUCUGUACACUUGGGUUACCUGUACCGGGGUUACCUGCUCCUUUGGACACCAGGUGGGCGUGGCACCAUGUUACUUUUUUAGGACAUUACAUGUACUGUACAGGACCCCGAAGAAGCUCCUGUCCUCUACAUAGACCAGUGCU